CCAGGUGGGAAGAGGAGAAGAUGGGCGAUGGGAUAAAGUGGAAGCAGCUGGAGCACAAAGGCCCCUACUUUGCCCCGCUCUAUGAGCCGUUACCUGAAAAUGUCCAGUUUUAUUAUGACGGUAAACCUCUGAAGCUGAGCUUGGCCACUGAGGAAAUUGCCACCUUCUAUGCAAAAAUGUUAGAUCAUGAGUACACAACCAAGGAGAUUUUCCAGAGCAACUUCUUCAAUGACUGGAGGAAGGAAAUGACCCCAGAGGAGCGGAAGACAAUCAAACGCCUGGACAAGUGCGACUUCAAGGAGAUUCACAAGUACUUUGUGGACAAAAGUGAGGCACGGAAAGCUCUCUCGAAAGAGGAGAAGCAGAAGUUGAAAGAGGAGGCAGAUAAGAUACAGGAGGAAUAUGGAUACUGCAUCCUCGAUGGGCACCGAGAGAAAAUAGGAAACUUCAAAACUGAACCGCCGGGACUGUUUCGUGGCCGUGGUGAUCACCCCAAAAUGGGGAUGCUAAAGAAGAGGAUCAUGCCUGAAGAUGUAGUCAUCAACUGCAGCAAGGACUCCAAGAUCCCCGAGCCGCCAGCAGGACACAAGUGGAAGGAGGUGCGCUUUGACAACACAGUCACCUGGCUGGCGUCAUGGACUGAAAACAUCCAGAACACGUUGAAGUACAUCAUGCUGAACCCUAGCUCCAAGCUGAAGGGGGAGAAGGACUGGCAUAAAUAUGAGAUAGCUCGUCGCUUAAAAGAUGUUGUACACAAAAUCCGUGCUCAGUACCAAGCUGAUUGGAAGUCCAAGGAGAUGAAAACGCGUCAAAGAGCAGUAGCCCUCUACUUCAUCGAUAAGUUGGCCCUACGAGCUGGCAAUGAGAAGGAGGAAGGGGAGACAGCGGACACGGUUGGCUGCUGCUCCCUGCGUGUUGAGCACAUUAAACUGUACCGCAAUCUGGAUGGGCAGGAGCACGUGGUGGAAUUCGACUUCCUCGGGAAAGACUCAAUCCGCUACUACAACAAAGUGUCAGUGGAGAAGCCGGUCUUCAAGAACCUGCAGCUUUUCAUGAAGAACAAGGACCCAGGAGAUGACCUCUUUGACAGGCUCAAUACAUCAAUCUUGAACAGACAUCUCCAGUCUUUGAUGAAAGGCUUGUCUGCCAAGGUGUUCAGGACCUACAACGCCUCCAUCACCCUGCAGGAACAGCUCAAAGCGCUCACUAACGCUGAAGACAAUGUUGCUGGAAAGCUCCUCUCCUACAACCGAGCUAACCGAGCUGUGGCCAUCCUCUGCAACCAUCAGAGAUCCACGCCAAAAACCUUUGAGAAGUCAAUGCAAAUCCUCCAGACCAAGAUUGAUGAGAAGAAGCAACAGCUGAAGGAAGCCCAGCUAGAACUGAAGAAAGCUGAAGACGAGCUUAAAGAGAAAAAUGAUGACAAAACAGAGGCCAAUGUGCAGAAGAAGAAGAAGCUGUUGGAGAGACUAGCAGAGCAACUAGCCAAGCUGGAAGUCCAGGCCACAGACAAAGAGGAGAACAAGCAGAUCGCUUUGGGCACAUCCAAGUUGAAUUACCUGGACCCCAGGAUUACCAUAGCCUGGUGCAAGAAAUUUGGGGUGCCCAUUGAGAAGGUCUACAACAAGACACAGAGGGAGAAGUUUGCCUGGGCCAUUGACAUGACUGAUGAAGAUUUUGAGUUCUGAAGAGAAGGGGAGUGGAAAAAGCCUUUCUAUUACCUCAUGCUCUUUUGGUGCUGUUGGAAUAAUUUAUGGGCUGAAGCAAUUGUCAGGUAGUGGGGGAAAUGUGUAAAGGGACAGUUUGAUACAGGUAUUUUUGUGCUGGUUUUGUAUAAAAAAGAAAAACAUGUGCUUUCUAGUUGAAACAAGUACCACUGACUUGUGACACUUACCCUGACUGCGAGAACCUUAAUAUGAACUUUAUGAACUUUUAGCUUUUCUGGUUAGAGCUGCCAAGUGUUCUGUAUCUUUUUUCAUCCUCCUGCAGAGUUAGGGAAGAAGAUUGAAUGUGAGCCUUGACUAUGAAGAUAAACAAGAUAAAAUGAUCUAAUCAUCUGGUGCUCUGGUCAGAUCUCGUGAUCUGAAAAUGAUCUAAUGAUCUGGCCUUUUAAGACUCUCAGGCAGCAUUAGGCAAUGACAGCACUAAAAGAGGUGGCUGCAGGAUGAGGCCUGAUCCUGGGGCUAGAUGCCCAGGAGAAAGGGGAUUCUCUGGGUUUUGCAGGAUGUUUUGUGCCUUUUUAUCUUCAGAGGGGGAGAAAAUUGCAUAAGCUUUUUUUACAGACACAAUGGAAAAGUUUCCUGAUGCAGAACUAAUGUUACUGCAAUAGGAGAAGCUUUGUCCAAGGAAGCUGCUUUCAUGGCAGAGACCUGAAAAUCACCUUGGAGUGAGCAAAGUGCACUUUAACCACCCCUACGUGGUGUAGAGACUUGGCCUAUCCACACAGGCUACAAAAGAAGAUCUUGUUUUUCUUCCCCCUACUUAUUUCCAUAGGUUUGACUUGGCUCCCUGAAUUCAUACAAUGAUACUUGUAGAGAUAAAUCUUUGAGCCAAGGAUUUCACUCUGGGAAAGGAUGAUGCUGGCAGGCCUUAAACAGAUGAUAGAGGGAUGUGGGAAUGCCGGAAGCAGCUCUCAGUACCACUUAUCACAGUGAGAGCCAACUGUGGGAUGAUGACAGCUUCAUCACCAAGCAUCUCCUAUGGGUCCUGUUCCACAGGGAUAUGCCUGGUCCUGGGCACAGGGCGAUAACGUAGGGAAAGAGAGGGUAAAGUGAUGGUGCUUGCUGUGCAACUGGCUGCUUCUCAGUAGAAACAGUGAGAUUGUGUAGCUGGCACACAACAGCAAACCUGCGGGCGUAAGUGAGCCGUUGCAAGGAUGUCUUGCAGCUUGUUUGGGUAGCUGCAGUCCACGUUUACGGAUGCUUUCUC